AUGCGAUCUGGUCUGUCCGUUACCCAGAUCGUAGGCGCAGGCCUAUUCGCAAGCCACUUCGCGAGCGCAUUAUCACCGCGCACGGAAAUCGGCGAUUCUUACGACUUUGUGAUUGUGGGAGGAGGUCAAGCUGGACUCGUGUUGGGCGCUCGUCUUUCGGAGGAUAAAAAUCAUACUGUGCUGGUUCUUGAGUCGGGAGGGAAUGGAGACGAGUAUCGCACGCGCAUAGACACACCGGCAUAUUCUUAUUUUGAUUCGUUAUGGACAACGCCUUUGAAUUGGGAUUUUUACACCGUUGCUCAGCCUAAUGCGGACGAUCGGGAGAUUAAUUGGCCUCGUGGAAAGGUCCUCGGAGGCAGUUCCGCUAUCAAUGGGUUGUACAUGACCCGUCCGGGUGAAGAUGAAGUCAAUGCCUGGAAAGAUAUGCUCGGAGAUAUGGACGGUGCCGAUAACUGGUCGUGGGACUCGUUCUAUGCAGCUCUGAAGAAAAGCGAGACUUUCACUCCUCCCACUGACGAUGUGAUUGACGAGGCUGGAAUCGUCUGGAAUGCAUCACAUCAUGGUACCGACGGGCCGAUCCAUACGACAUACCCGGACUACACAUUCCCCGAGGUGGGCGACUGGUUAGCGUCACUGCAGAGUAUGGGCAUUGACACUUCUGCCAGUAUGUACGGAGGUGAAAACUUGGGCGCUGACGUCUCAACCUCCUGCAUCAAUCCUUCAAACUGGACGCGGUCCUACAGUCGGUCCGGCUAUCUCGAUCCGCUUCCAGACCGGGGCAACUACGAUGUAUUGGCGAAUGCGCAUGUGACUCGGCUUGUUUUCGACAAUUCCACAUCUUCCGACAAGAAGACAGCGAGUGCUGUUGAAUAUACGACUGAUAGCGGAUCAACGAGACUGCAGGUUAAGGUUAACAAGGAAGUCAUCCUUUCGGGUGGCACUAUUGGCAGCCCGGCUGUAUUGCUUUACAGUGGUGUCGGUCCCAAGGACGUCCUCUCUGAGGCUGGUGUUGAGCUUGUAUCUGAACUUCCUGGUGUCGGUCAACAUCUCCAAGACCAUUUAAGUGCCACAGUGAAAUGGAACACGAACGUGGACACCGCAGGUUCCAUCUAUUACGAUGGCGGCAAAGACAAGAAUGAUCCCAAAUUCCUGACAUAUAUCGAUGACGCCGUUGCCUACGUGGGUGCCAGCUCUAUAUACGGCAGUAAAGUCGAUGAGUACCAGACGAAAUUCCUCGCCUCAAUCGAUAAAUAUGCACCGAAAACGACUUACGAUGAUGGUGUCGUCGCCGGCUACAAAGCAAUCUGCAACACGACAGCAUCGAAGAUCUUCAAUAGCCCGACAGGCCAAAUCGAGAUCCUAUUUAUGAACAGCGAUGCAAACGGUGACAUCGGCAUCACUGCUGCUCUCCAACACCCUUUGAGCCACGGCCGUAUCUACAUCAACUCCUCGAAUCCAAUGGACUUCCCUGUGAUCGACCCGAACUACUUCGGCAACUCAGCUGACUCCAAGAUCCUCCUCGCAGGUAUCAAACUCGCCCGCCAGCUAGGCGAAACCACCCCAAUGAGCAACAGCCUCACAAAGGAGACAUCGCCGGGGUCAACCGUCCAGAGCGAUGAGGACUGGAUAGCAUGGCUACGCAAGGAAGCCAGCACGGAAUUCCACCCGUCCUCAUCGUGCGCAAUGCUGCCGGAGGAUCAGGGCGGCGUGGUCGACGCCAAUCUGCGCGUAUACGGCCUUACCAAUGUGCGCGUUGCGGAUGCCAGCAUCGUCCCCAUUUCCUUGUCUACACACUUGAUGUCCUCGACAUACGGCGUGGCUGAGCAAGCGAGCGAUAUCAUUCGCCGAUACUACAACUUGCCCGCCGAGCCCGAGCCCGCUUUCAGCGGGUCGACUUCCACACCUUCUAGCAGCGCGGCUGCUGCGAAGAAGAGUGGCACUCCCAAGAGCAAUGGUAGUCCCGCUCGAAGUGGCCCUUUGUCGUUCAUGUGGACUUCUCUUAUUCUUGUUUUUGUACAUGCUGUUGUUGGCUUCGGCCUGUAUAUCUAG